UGUGAUCUUUUCAUUUUUGAUGUUAUACAAGAUUAACUGACAACUGGUUAGCCGUAAGCUAAGGUGUACUGCGAAAGUCUGCCGAGAGGGCCUUGUAUGCAUCUCGUUCGGGGUCAGUGAAUUUCGGCGUCCACGUCCUGUAGAAAAUCGGGCGCGAGUACAACGAAGCUUCAACGGGUAUAUUAUUAGACCCUUACAGUUUCCACGAUCGAUUGUUUGUAUUAUUGGAUUUUUUUGUAAUCGGAAACUUUAUUUGUUUAUUGCCGCUAUUUAUAGACCGUCUGUCCGUCUUCAGAUAAAUGCGUAUACGUAUUUGUCAACACAACCAAUGACUCAGGGCAGAAAGGUGUGUCGACACAUGGUCGUUUCAUUAUUACAGAACGUUUAGAAUCAAACAAGAUGGCGAUCGACAGAAAAAUCUCUCUCAUCGGUUUGGCGGCAAUUGUGGUGUUGAUUUUAGGAGGAAUUCUUCACAUAGUAGCUCUGGCAUCGCCGUACUGGCAUACUACUAGUGCUUUGUUGUUUAACGGUAAAAUGUUACGUGUGGGGAAUUCUGGACUAUGGGUGGAAUGUAUUGCUACUACAGGGGUAACGACCUGUGGCUCGCCGGUCAUCGCUGACGAAGCUUGGAUGGGGGCCGUGAGGGCUAUGGCGAUCCUGGGGAUGCUGACCGGAAGUGGAGCCCUGGUAACACUGGGCCUAUACACAUUCCUCAGACUGGAGACGUGGAGCCGAAUUCUCAAAUUGUCCGCGAUAGGGGCCUGUAUUGGUGCAGGUGUGAUGAUCCUGAUAGGCGCUAUUAUAUAUGGAGCCAGUGCCCGGGACGGAAAAUAUUCUCCCGGAGGAUUUAAUACAGGGAGCAGCAGUCGAAUGGUUUACACUCUGUCCUGGUCCUUCGGUUUGUCCAUAACGGGGGCCAUUCUGUGUUUCGUUAGUGGCAUUCUCACAGGAUUUGCAACGAAACCUAAACUAUAAUGCCAAAGGAUGUUAGAUAUUAAUUCCCAGCAAUUAGAAUACUCUUUACACCAUUUUUUGUGAAAGAAAAACGUUUGUUGCAUAUUGGAGAUUAAUUUUUGUAAAUAUUUUUUACUCAAUAUUCUCUAUGUUUCUUAAUAUCAUGUUACUGUUAACAUUUAUGUUUUAUAUAUUUUUAAUAAAUUCGUAUUGAAUAACA